UGGCUCAGAAAGAUGGUUUUGCCUGGUGCCCUUGAGUUUCCAGAGGUGUUGCGCGAUGUUCUUGCAGGGGGCAUUUCAACAGCAACUGUUUCGGCUUUGCUAAAUCCCAUUGAUGUGGUCAAAACACGUCGGCAAGUGGGCAUCCCAGGCACAGCGCUCCAGGAGGCUGUGGCGGCUUGGAAAGAGCUUGGGGCAUGGAGAGGACUUUGGAGGCCUGGCUUGACUGCAUCAUUGGUGCGGGAAAUGCUUUACAGCGGAUGCACAAAGGGCUUGUAUCCAUUAGCAAGAGACAUGGUCUCUCCUAAAGAUGCAGAGCCGAGUCUAGGUCACCGUGCAGCUGCUGCAGCUUUGACUGGUCUAGGGGGUUCACUCUUUGCUAAUGGACCAGAUGUUGUCAAGGUCCGCCUUUUUGCAGAACCAGGUCGCUACGCAGGGUUUCUUUCUGCUGCAGCAGAAAUAUCAGCUAAAGAAGGCUUUGUCAGCGGUCUUCUGAUCCGCGGGGUGAGCGCUUCAGCCCCGCGAGGAGCUGCCAUCGCUAUUGGCGAGGUGACCACCUAUGACCACGCCAAGGCCACCCUGAGAAAGCAUUGGCCAGGCCGAAGCGAAGCAGGAACCAAAGAGCCAUUCUCAUUACAUGUGGCCAGCUCACUGAUCACAGGUGUUGUUGCUACUACUGUAGCAGCACCAUUUGACACGCUGAAGAGUCGUGUCAUGGUCGAUGACGGCUCGCGUUUUCCUCGAGGGUUUCCUGAUGCUCUUCGCUUCAUCCUUCAGAAGCAGGGUGUGUUGAGUCUCUUCCGUGGAUGGUGGCCUGCCUAUUGUCGACUUGGUCCGCAUGCGAUCCUAACAUUUCCGCUGCUGGAACAGGC